CCCCCCCCAAAGAGUGGAAGAUACCAUUGAGGAAACACCGUUCCUUCAAAAGGUCUUUUUGGUAUGUCAGAAAUACUCCAGGAAGACAGCACAGCUCAAGACAGUUUGCCUUUGAAAAUCACUGAUGAAGGGUCUAAACAAAGAAAUUGGGGCAUCUUGAUCACUGGUGUUAUUGGUGGGACAUUAGUGACCCUUUACGCUAUCACCACCCCAUUUAUUACUCCAGCGCUGAGAAAACAUUGUCUGCCAUUUGUACCUGCCACUUCGAAGCAGAUUGAAAAUGUCUUAAGCAUGUUAAAGGGCAGGAAUGGGUCCCUGGUUGACAUUGGAAGUGGAGAUGGGCGCAUUGUAAUAGCAGCUGCAAAAGUGGGAUUUAAAGCUGUGGGAUAUGAAUUAAAUCCUUGGUUAGUAUGGUAUUCCAGGUACCGUGCUUGGAGAGAAGGAGUUCAUCAGGAUGCCAGAUUUUACAUUUCAGACUUAUGGAAGGUCAGUUUUGCCCAGUACACCAAUGUUGUUAUAUUUGGCGUACCACAAAUGAUGCUGCCACUGGAGAAAAAACUUGGGGAAGAACUCCAGCUAGAUGCCAGGGUUGUUGCCUGUCGUUUUCCUUUUCCCCACUGGAGCCCAACUCAAAGUUUUGGAGAGGGCAUAGACACUGUAUGGGCAUAUGAUUCAGAAUCUUUCAAAAUGAAAAAAGAAAAUGAUAGUUAACACCAAAUGCAUUCUUUCUCAUCAGUUAAAAUUCCAGAAGUCUUGUUCCGAUGGCUUUUAAUGCUAAAUGUGGGCAUUUUGUAAAUCACAUUGUUUUUCUUAUGUUCUUGGGCAAACAUUUCAGAAGUAGCAGCAAAAGAUGUUGUUUUGUUUUGUCCCCAAAUAUUUCUUAUAUCUAGUCCACUUUAACAAUCACGCCAAACAUCAGGCAUGAAAAAAUAGAGAGAAAAGUGUUCCAACCCAGCUGGCUUCCCCCCCACAUGGUCCAAUAAUGUACAGUCAGACCUCCUUAUCCAUGAAUUCUUUAUAUACAGAUCCAACCAUCCAUGGCUUGAAAAUAUUUUUUAAAUAUAUGAAUUUGAAAAAGCAAACCUUGAUUUGGC